UUUUUUUUUCUAUUUCACUAAAGUAAAACAUUAACAAGAUGAGUGAUUCCAAAUUUUCUUGUCGCAUGUACGAGCAGGAAUUUCCUAAAGUCGACGAUGUUGUCAUGGUCAAUGUCCGUCAGAUUGCUGAUAUGGGUGCUUAUGUCAAGCUUCUCGAGUAUGGAGAUAGAGAAGGUAUGAUCUUGCUUUCCGAAUUAUCAAGAAGACGUAUUCGUUCCGUUCAAAAGUUGAUUCGUGUCGGCAGAGAUGAAGUCGUUGUUGUUCUCAGAGUAGACGAAGAAAAGGGUUAUAUUGAUUUAUCCAAGCGUCGUGUCACUCCUGAAGAUAUUAUCAAGUGUGAAGAGAAAUACAACAAGUCAAAGGCUGUUCAUUCCAUUUUACGUCACGUUGCCGAAAAGAACGAUUUACCUCUCCAAGACUUGUACGAGUCCAUCGGUUGGCCAUUGUACAAGAAGUUUGGUCAUGCUUAUGAUGCCUUUAAAAUGGCUAUUGUUGACCCUGAUACUGUCUUCCAAGGCAUGACUUUCUCCGAUGAUGUUCUCAAGGAGUUAUUAUUGAUUAUUAAGCGUAGAAUGACCCCUCACCCUGUUAAGAUCCGUGCCCAGCUUGAUUUAAGAUGUACCGGUAUUGACGGUGUGAAUGCCAUCAAGAAUGCCUUGAAGGCUGGUGAAUCAGUUGGUUCUGAGGAUGUUCCCAUCAAGAUCACAUACUUGGCUGCACCCUUCUAUGUUGUUACUGUUGAUUCUUUGGAUAAGAAACUUGGUUUUGAGGUGAUCGAAAAGAGUAUUGAGGCAAUAAAGACAGCUUUGGAUAAACAUGCUUGGACCAAGUUCAAGGUCGAGAAGGAAGCCAAGUUGGUCUCUGACUCUGAUGAUCGUGAUUUCGCUGCUUUAUUGGCUCAAGCCGAAAAGGAGAAUGAGCUUGUUAGUGGUGAUGAAGAUGAGGGUGAUGCUGUCGCUGCUUCUGAUGAUGAUAUGUAAAAAAUAAGACAAAAAUACUAGUAAUAAAAAUAUAAAAUAGAUCAUAUUGUAAGCAGUA